GCAGGAGGAGGGGGAGGAAGAAGAAGAGGACGGGAGGGGCCCGGCCGGCGUGUUGUACUGGCCAGAAACACAGAAGACAGCAACAGCAAAGCCACACCGACACCACACAGCAUGUUUGGAUCGAGAGCGAUACUACGUUUGCGGAGACCGGCACAGCCCGUUGUUAUCAACGUGAGGAUGCAGUCGAGCUCGUCGUCGAGCGCCACGAAGCUGCUGCAGGCGAAGACGCAGAAGCUGCAGCUGCACAAGACGAUACAGCAGCAGCAGAACCAGCAGGCGGGCGUGCAGGCUGGCCCGACGGCGGGCGGCUGCGGACAGAAGAGCGGGAAGGGCAAGGACGGCGUGCCGAGGCCCGUGAGCAGCCAGCAGCGGACGGCGCCGAAGCUGCGGAGGGGCUUCAGCAACGUGGACAAGGUGCCCAGCACGGUGAACCUUGAGCCCCGGGACGUGCUCUUGGACAAGCUCUACCAGGGGUACAACCCGCUGCUGUCGCCGAUCAAGCCCAAGGCGAAGAAGACGAGCCCGAAGAUCCUUGUGAACAUCUACGAGGACCUGGCCUUCGAGGACGACGGCUACGAGGCCGACGACGCCGUGGACUCGCUCGUGGGGCCCAAGCUGCAGAUCUCCAAGUACAUUUUCGACAAGAACCCGCAGAUGGAGGCCAAGCUCAAGGAGCUGGACGCCGACGCAAAGGACGCCAAGGACGCCGCCCCCCGCCGCCACGACCCGCUCUUUGAGCGCCGCGCCGCUGCACACGGCAAGCGGGGCCGUGUCCGCCUCCACUACAAGAAGAACGUCGCCAGGAACCCCGCCGACCCCUCCGACGACAACGACAACGGCCACAGCAACUAAGACACGAACGAACACCCAUCCACCCCAACCCCGGCACACCACCACGCCUCGCGGCCCUGCACUUUAUUGUAUACGUAUAGAAGCAACCAAUAUACACCACUACUGUUUUCUCUCCG